UCCCGGAUGAUGUCAGAGUGCAGCCGGCGCGCGGCGAUGGGGUUCGGCGCGCGGCGGGCGCUCCGCUUCCUUCUCCUGCCGCUGCCGCUGCUGCUGCCUGUGCCCGGGGCGGCGGGCGCGGGUCUGGCUGCGCUGCCGCUAGUCGUCAACACCUGGGCGUUUAGGAAAGCAACGGAAACAGCAUGGUAUACCUUACAGUCAGGAGGCUCUGAGCUGGAUGCAGUGGAGAGAGGCUGCAGUCAGUGUGAGAUUGAUCAGUGUGAUGGAAGUGUGGGGUUUGGAGGAAGUCCAGAUGAACAUGGAGAAACAACAUUAGAUGCCAUGAUUAUGGAUGGCGACACUAUGGAAGUUGGGGCAGUAGCAGAUCUCAGACGUAUAAAAAAUGCUAUUGGUGUAGCACGGAAAGUGAUUCAGCAUACUAAGCACACAUUAUUAGUGGGGGAGUCAGCAUCACUGUUUGCAGAAAGCAUGGGAUUUCCAUGUGAAGAUUUAACCACUCAAAAUUCUCUUUCAAUAUAUUUAAAGUGGCUUAAUCAAAGCUGUCAGCCAAACUACUGGAAGAAUGUAAUACCAGAUGCUUCAAAAUCCUGCGGACCAUACAAACAGGCUAAACAAUUAAAUAGUGAAGAAUGGAUCAACUCACAGAAAAGAAUAAAUAUUCAUAAUCAUGAUACAAUUGGCAUGAUUGUAAUUGGUGGUUCCGGAAAUGUUGCAGUGGGGACAUCUACAAAUGGUGCAGUCCACAAAAUCCAGGGUCGUGUAGGGGACUCGCCAAUAGCUGGAGCUGGAGCCUAUGCUGAUAGUACAACUGGAGGAGCGGCAGCCACUGGAGAUGGUGAUAUCAUGAUGCGCUUUUUACCCAGCUAUCAAGCAGUAGAAUAUAUGAGGACAGGAACAGAUCCAACUACAGCUUGCCAGAAAGUUAUUUCCAGGAUCCAGAAGUAUGUUCCAUACUUCUUUGGUGCUGUUAUCUGUGCCAACACAACUGGAAGUUAUGGUGCUGCCUGCAAUAAAGUUCCAGGAUUCACUCAGUUUCACUUCAUGGUUUAUAGUCCUUUGCUAAAUCAGCCAUCUGAGCAAGUAGUAGACUGCAUUUAAUUUUUUCUGUACCAACUGCAUUUACAAUUAAACACAAAGGAGGAAAAGAAGGUUGAAAAGGCUCACUGGCUGCCAUUUUACAAAGUGUUUGCAGUUUCUUUUUUGCACAGAUAUUUGAGGAAGAGUAAUGUAUGUGGAGAUAGCACAUAUCUCUCUCGUUUUUUUAACGUAUUUUGUUUUAUUACCAUGUCACCAAUAUGUCAGUAAACUUGAUCUGUAGUUUCUCAAUCUAUCAAACUAAUUUAUUAAUCUGGCAGGUUAUUUCUAAAUUCUGGUGGGCAAGUUGGCUUCAUCUACAGAAUGAACAAUUUUGAUUUUUUUUUUAAAGAUUCCAGGAUGCUGUGUAGAGAUCCAAAAUAUCUACUAAUGAUAAAGUGGGAUUUCAAAAGACUCUGCUGGUGUAUGUUGAUGACUAUAGUUUAAAAUGGGAAAUGACUUUUGGAACCAGUCUCAAAAACAGAUGAAAAUUUGCAUGACUGUUGUACCAAGAAGAACUGGAGAACAAUUUCAUGACUGAAUGGAGAGCAAUGAAGUAAGCUUCUGCUUUUGUGGUGAUGCUUCAUCGUUCCAUGAUGUUCAGUCACAGUGAUGCAGUAUUACAUUGCAAAUGUUAUCCUGCAGUGUCGAGAAGUUACUCUAUUGUGUGGCUUUUUGACACUCAGGUACAGUAUAUCUUCACUCCCUCCUUUCUUCUUUUAUUUCUGGGAACAAAUGGAGAUGUUUCUUACUCCCCUUCCAAUCCCAAAGUAUUGGGUAGGAUCCCAGUAACUGACUUAUUUUCAGAAGAUGGUUUCCAUACUGUGCUUCCCUUUUCACUUCCCAUGUUGAGUUCUAUGAGUGUGGGCAGUGCUUCUGUGAUCAGCAUUCCAUUGCUGCCUACGCUCAGGUUAAAGCACCCAUCAAAUGUACAGAUUCCGAGCCCACAGGACAGUUCUAGAAGAACUGUGGGUGGAAUAAGACUGAUUUUUCUGUAUUAAAUGUUUCACUGGCCAUAAUUCAUUUUUGUAAAUCUCUUCAUUUUAACUGACCUUUUUGGCAACUGAACCCCAGAUUAAUAAAUUAGAGGUGAUAAGUAACAGCAUGUAUUUGUCAAGAAUAAAUCAUGUCAAACCAA